AUGUAUAAAGAAAGCCUAUGCAAUAAAAAUGCUCUUAAAUACAAGGAAAUGGAAAGUGGUAUGAAAAGUGAACUCAGAAAAAAAAAUGCUCUUAAAUACAAAGAAAUGGAAAGUCGUAAGAAAAGUGAACUCAGAAAGAAAAAUGCUCUUAAAUACAAAGAAAUGGAAAGUGGCAAGAAAAGUGAACUCAGAAAGAAAAAUGUUCUUGAAUACAAAGAAAUGGAAAGUGCUAAGAAAAGUGAACUCAGAAAGAAAAAUGCUCUUGAUUUCAACGAAAUGGACCCAACUAAAAAAAAAAGCUUAAUAAAAAAAAAGUUGCUAAGUAUCGUGCCAUGGAUCCUUCAGAUAAAAAAAUGCUUCUUAAAAACCGAGAAAACAAGUACAAAUCUAUGAAUCCUUCUAAAAAGAAAGUUUUUGAAAAGCAAACAGUAUGUUACAAAGGCAUGGAUACAAGUGAAAAAGAAACUUGCCUGAAGAGGAAAAGUCCUAAUAUGAAACGUAAAUACGAUGCUGUCAAUUUACCUGGAAAAGCGAAUGAACGUGAAACACCCAACACAAUGAAAUCCUCUAAAUACUAAGACUAUUUUAUAUGCACCUUAUUUUAUAUGCACCUGCACAAAAUUAAAGACGGCCCUUGUUAUAUAUGUUGUGUUUGCAAUCGACUUCUGUAUAGAAAAUCUGUCAAAUUAUUUGAUAGAAACAGUUGCAACUUAUCUUUGCCAGAGUCUGUAUUCACAAACAUAACAUCAUUUGACGACAAGGAAUAUAUUUGUGCAACUUGCCACUCAAAGGUAACAAAAAGUAAAAUUCCUUGUCAAGCUGUUUACAACAAUAUGUCUGUUGAUGAAAUCCCUCCAGAACUUGCACUUCUCGAAAAAACUAGAACAAAUUCUUAUCGCACAGAGAAUUGUUUUUGAGAAGAUAAUUGUGAUGCCUAAAGGUCAACAAAAAAAAGUAGCUGGAGCAAUAUGCAAUGUACCAGUUAACUGUGAUCAAACAUGUAAAGUUUUACCACGACCACCUGAAAGGUCUGGAAUUAUAAUGUUAAAACUUAAACGAAAGCUUCAGUUUAGAGGUCACGUAUAUUUUCAAGCUGUUCGUUCCUCAACUGAUUGAAAAUGCCUUAAACUGGUUGAAACAGAACAAUCCUCUGUAUUAUAAUGUAACAACUGAAAUGAACCACCUCAAUGAUAAUUUUCAGAACAUAGAGCAAACUGACGUACAUUCCAUCACCUUGUCAGAAAACGAAAACAUGGAAGAAAGUGAUGAUCCUUUGAAUGAGUAUCGCCAAGCAACAAAUGAAACAUGUCUGCAGUCAGUGCUUCCAGACUAUCCUGUAACAAUACAAAGUUCUGAAAGAACUUCUUUGGGAAAUGAAAUAUAUGAUAUUGCUCCCGGAGAAAAUAGGCAUCCGGUAUCUAUUAUGACUGACCAGAAAUGUGAAGAACUUGCUUUUCCAGUUUUGUUUCCACGAGGACGCUUUGGUUAUAUGGAAGAGAGAAAUAUUAAGCUGUCGCCAGUAAAGUAUUUUAAUUCUAGACUUCUCCAUUAUAGUGGUCGAUUUGCUACAAAUGCAGAAUACCCUUUUUUUCGCACAAUUUGUAAUUGAACAGAAAAAGGUUGCUGACAGCAUUAAUAUAGCUUUGAAGAAAGUUCAAGGCCAAACUUUUACUGCAUCCCAAAUAAAGUCGGAUGUGAAUAAAUUAAAAAACCUAGUGUGUCAAGACCAAGCAUACUUGUUUUUAAGACAAAUACCUGGCACUCCUCCAUAUUGGCAAAAGUUUAUGUAUGAAGUUGUAGCGAUGGUAAAACAACUUGGUAUUCCAACAUGGUUCAUGACAUUAUCUUGUGCUGACCUUAGAUGGUCUGAGUUGUUUCAAAUAGUCAGUAGAACACUGGGUAAAAAUAUAACAGAAGAGCAGGUCGAAGCUCUGUCUUAUGCUGAAAGGUGUCUGAUGUUAAAUACUAAUCCUGUUGUUGUUGCAAAACAUUUUCAACACAGAGUUGAAACAUUUUUUAGCAAGAUUCUUCUGAGUAAUUGUAAUCCCAUUGGAAAAAUUACUUAUUAUGCUCUUCGUAUUGAGUUUCAAAUGCGUGGAUCUCCUCAUUUACAUGCAUUAAUAUGGACAUCUGAUUGUCCAAAACUUGCAACUGAGACCAAAGGUUCAUAUAUAGAGUUUAUUGAUAAAAACGUUCAAGCUAACCUUCCUGAUGAACAUGCAGAACCCGAGCUACAUCAAUUGGUCAAAAUGUAUCAAAAACAUAAUCAUUCCAAAACCUGCAGAAAGUACAAGAAUGUUAGCUGCUGUUUCAAUUUUGGCCAAUUUUUGGCCAAACAAACUAUUGUGCCAGAACAACUUGAUGAAAAUCUAGAUGAUCAAAUUAAAAGCAGUAUAUUGAGCAGACGUAAGGAAGUACUGUCUUUAGUUAAGCAAAAAAUUGACAAAAUGUUAAAUCCAUCAAAAGAUGGCUAUGAUAGUACUUUGAUUCAGGCAGAUGUUUUGACUGUAGCUGGUGUCACCGAAGAUCAGUAUUACUCGGCUCUGUCAAUCUCUCCCGAUUCGGACUUUGACUUACAUCUUAAACGACCAGUAGACAGUUGUUUUAUAAACAAUUACUUUGUUGCUGGUCUUAAAGGAUUUGGUGCCAAUGUUGAUUUACAACCAGUUUUUAAUCAUUAUAAAUGUAUCACAUAUGUUUGCUCCUACUUUACUAAGGACGAAAAAGAGUGUUCCCAGGCAAUAUACAAUGCAGCAAAAGAGGCAAAGUCGUCUAAUAUGAAUAUUAGAGAUGGUUUGAAGAGAAUUGGUGCAGCGUUUCUCUCUACCAGAGAAGUAAGCUCCCAAGAAUGUGUUUAUAGAUGUAUGCCUGAGUUGUGGUUAAGGAAAAUAUUUCCCAAAACAGUGUUCGUCAAUACAAAUUUACCUGAGAAAAGAGCAUGUGUUACUAAAACUCCAGAUGAGCUUAAUGAACUUGAUGAUGAUAGCACUGAUAUAUACAAAUCCAAUAUUAUUGAACGUUAUACUUUAAGACCAAACUCGAUUCCUGCUGUUAAUAAAUUAUGCCUAGCUCAAUUUGCUGCCUCCUACUACAAGGAUUAUAAAACAGACUUAUGA